AAAUACUUGGAUCUGAACAAGAUCACAAAGAAAAGAGUUGGCGGGCCAGUUGAGAAAUUAGCCCAACCGAACUAGGUAACGCAUACCAGCCCAAGUAAUGGACUCUGCUGAUGAAUGGGAGAUCCAAGGAAGAUUCGGAUACACUGACCCGGGCAACCAAGGAAGAAUUCCAACGUGCCGGGUUUUCCCCAUCCACAGCUUGCUUCCCGGUGCAGAGCACAGAGAGUAAACCAGGCGUAACCCCUACGAAGCUCCUUCUCAUACUGAAGACGAUAGACAGUAACGACGUCGCAUCGAUCUGUUGGGAAGAUUUGUUCGCAUCAAGUUGAAGUUUGGCUGAUCGCUGUGUUUGUUUGGGAACAGGAAAAGGAACCCUCAACUGGAUUAUGUCAACAUCGAAUGAUGACAAUUUGUCUUCUCAUUCUCAGCUGUCAUAUCAAGUUUUUGGAGAACUUCUUGAUUCCAUCAUCGUUGAUGUUGCAUCGGAGUCUCAUCGAAUAGCAAGAUUGGGUCUUGAUCGGAACCUAGAUGCAGCUGAGGAAGAAUUGAGGCUAUCCCUCCAAGCUCGGGGCAGUGCAGCUGACCCUAGUAGUAGUAGUGAAACAACCAGCAAAUAUGUCGUCGAUAUAUUUGGACAAACUCAUCCGCCUGUAGCAAAUGAAAUAUUCGAUUGCAUGAACUGUGGUCGAUCAAUUAUGGCGGGAAGGUUUGCUCCUCACCUGGAGAAGUGCAUGGGAAAGGGCAGAAAGGCUCGUUUGAAAGCAACAAGAAGUAGCACGGCUGCACAAAACCGGCACUCACGAGGCAGCCCUGGUUCUGCUUACUCUCCUUACCCGAAUCCCAACAGCACUAAUCGUCUAUCAAAUGGAAGUUUGCAUGUCACGGGUGAUGAUUACUCAAAUGGUACACUAGAAUAGCCGCGACGUAUUUUCAAUGAAGCGGCAGCAUAUUACCAAUGGCACUUUGAGUCGCUGGAGGCAUCUUCCGCAAGAUAGAAUGUCACACUAGAAAUAUCUGAGGCCUCUUAAUUCCUCAUCUCACAGCAUCAUUUGCCGCUGUUGAAAUAUAUCGUGAAAUAUUUGUCGGUGUUUCUCAUUUUUGUUUAAGCACUAAUUGUUGACAACUGAUAUAAGCCAACGGAAGUGGAAUAGAGGUAUUGUAGUUUAUUCUGUGGGACUUGCACCUUAACUGGAGAUGAAGGUCCAUCUGGUGUGAAUUUUACCAGUGUCUUUUUCAGUGCAUUUUAUUUGCACCAGAAAGGUAUCUAUUAAGCCUGUCCACUUCAUUCAGAAUUAAAAAGGGAGGAUUUCAUGUCUCUGUCAUUCCCGAAAGCAUUCCUUGAAGAUUCUAAAAGAUUGAUCUUUCAUAGUGAGAGGAGAUGCUUGUACAUAUUCAUUUUUGAACCAAAGAAGAAUAACAAUGUUUGCUCGAUGACAAUAUUGAGAGUGAGGUUCCUUAGAGAGGGGUGUCAUCACGGAUGAUGGUUUUCAUUUUAGGCAUAUUGCUGAUGAUCGUGUGUUGUGGGUCGUGUCCCCUUUCCAUCUUUCGGCCAAAGCUUUCUUUAUCCAAAUUCGAUUUAUCGUAAUUUUAAUUUUGAAAUUAAAA